CAGGAGGCUGUCUUUGUCCUUUGUUUUUUCUCUCACCUGUGUUCACCUGGCCCUUGGUGAUUUAGAGUCAUUUCCAGGAAAUACAAGAGAAGCAAAGCCCUGCACAGAGCCAGUAAACGUGGAUUACAGACAUGAAGUUGUACAGUUAACUAUGUAUUCGAGUGUAUGACUUUGUGUGUGCGUGAGCCGGAAUUGUUUAUGUUCCAUCAUGACUCUGAAAAAUAGGAAAUUCUCACUGGACAGCUCUGGUAUCGUGGAAGGAAGUGAUAUUUUUGGCACGAGAAGAAGCAGUUUUAGAUCUAGUACAAAGAAAAAUAAACAGAGCACGAUGCUGGACGCAGUACAACUGGAGGGCCAACUAAAUCACAGCCUUGACUCCAACAUGGCCCUGAGAGAGCAGACCAUAGCAGAGGAGAAUCUUCAGCGAUCAGAUGAUCACUACUUCAAGCACAAUAAAAGCUUCAACAAGCUGUUUCCAGAGAUUCCUGUGUGGGACAGCCUGGCACACGCUUUCACGUGUUCCCUGCAGAAGGAAGUGCUGUAUCACGGAAAACUCUUUGUUUCUCAGAACCAUGUGUGUUUCUACUCAUCUGUGCUGCUCAAAGACACCAAGGUGGUGAUUCCUGUUUCCAGCAUAAAGGAUGUGAAGAAACAUGGCUCAGCACUGUCUAUGCUUUCUAUACAGACUGCUGAAGAGAAGUACUCGUUUGUGUCUUUGAGAAACCGUGAGAAGUGUUACAAACUCCUCCAAAGUGUGUGCUCAUAUGCGCAGGCGGAGGCUGUAAACAGCAGCCCUCAUCCGGCCGUUGCAGAGAACGAAGCUCACAAUCCGCAAUUCUCCAGUUUUUCCAGUUUGGACGACCGUGUAGAUUUUCCGAGCAGUGACUCUCUUGAUACCAGCUUUCUUCAGACGUCCAGUGAAGGCCCCAGCACAGCCAACUCCACUCGUCAAAACAGCAUAAUAGAUGAAGAAGACAGAGCUGGACUGUGGAUUUGGAGGUUCAUUGCACAACUGCCAGAACUUAAGACUCUCAGUGUUGUCUUCCACAUCUACAUGGUGCUGUGAGUAUAGUUUUCAGAUUGGAAGGAGAUUAGAAAUUUAAACACGGCGCCUUCACCCAGCUUCUGUGUUAUAGACCAGCUAUGUGGAAGGCAGAUUGUGGACCUGAACGCAGGACUCAGGGAAACAAGAAUAAAUUCAAAAAUCGGCUUUAUCGCUGGUAAUACACAAGAGUGCAAAAAGAUCUUUAGGGACAACACAGGGUAAGGGAACACAACAUCCAGGGACUCCGACCAGAGUUAUUAUAAGUUCACAUUUUCUAAUUAGCUUUUAUUUUUCUUUGAUUUUGACUUUUUGUUUUUAUUUCAGUUUAGUUUCCAGCGUAGAUUUUCACCUUUCAGUUAUUUCUUUUAUUCUUUUUAAAUGUUUACCCUUAGUGUAGUUUUUAUCCAUUUCAGUCUUAGUUUUAUCUUGUAUGAGUGACAUAUGUCAGAGGCGAGAUUUAGGAAAAUCAGUGCAGGUAUUACAAUAAAGACACGGAACGUUUUAAAAGCAAUUCCCUCACGGUCUUGUCUCAAUAAAGGCAUCAAUCAACGUCUCAUCAGGAAAGCCGUAUUAAAAUUUUUACCGAACUAACAGAUAAUAAAACCCAGGAUAUUUCCUCUAUAUUUAGUUAACUAUAAUAAUGAGGGGAGCGGAAACAGGUGGGAGGGCAGCUGAAACUAAUCAAGAAAACAAGACAAAGGAAGUAAAACGUGAAACAUGACACAGAGAAAUAAGAUGAGCAAAAUACAACAGGAAACAAGAGACAAAACUGUACAGGGAGAUCAGAUUAAAGUGAAACAAAAAGACAAACAUACAGACAAGACUGAAGGAACAGGAUGGGAACACAAAAAAGGAACUAAUUAGUCCAAGGCCAUCUAGGUCAUCUAGGUCAACUAGGAACUAAAGGGAAAAGUUUUCUUGAUGCAUGCUCAAUCAUCCAGGUAAGGAAAUCCAAAAAAAGUUGAUUCUGUUCAUCUGGACGUAACAUUUUUGGUGGGAGAAACA